AUGGCCGACAAAAUGAACGUCAACAUGUUCAAAGCAGAGGAUCCCAACUCUCACCCGUCCGCCUCGCCCGAACCCCCCUACGAUCCCCUCCCUCGCAUCGAAAGCCUCCCCCUCCCAUCGAACUUCAGAUGGGGAACAGCAACAGCAGCCUACCAAAUCGAAGGUGCUCCCUCAGCGGACGGGAAACGCCCGUCGAUCUGGGACACCUUCACCCAUCUCGUCCCAUCUCGCACAAAUGGCGAAAACGGUGACAUAGCCUGCGACCACUAUAACCGCAUGCUCGAAGACGUCGACCUCAUGGCCUCGUACGGAGUCGACGUGUAUCGAUUCUCUGUCGCCUGGACACGAAUCAUACCCCUCGGUGGACGGGAUGAUCCCAUUAACGAGGCUGGAAUAGCCUUCUAUAACCGGGUCAUCGACGCCCUUUUAGCGCAUAACAUCGACCCCGUCGUAACGCUCUACCACUGGGAUGCUCCUCAGAGUCUCAGUGACCGAUACGGCGCUUUCUUAAGUACAGCCAAAUUCGUAUCUGAUUUCGCACACUUCGCGCGCCUCUGUUUCGCCCGGUUCGGAGAUCGAGUCAAGAGAUGGAUUACCUUCAACGAGCCUUAUAUCAUUGCUAUCUUUGGACAUCAUAGCGGUGUUCUUGCGCCGGGCCGGAGUACUGCCACUGGUGGUGAUUCGCGCACGGAGCCGUGGAGGGUCGGGCAUACCUUGAUCCUCGCUCAUGCUGCUGCUGUACAGAUCUACUCUGAGGAUUUCAAGUCCCAGAAUGGGAGCAUCUCGAUCGUGCUCAAUGGGCACUAUUACGAGCCCUGGGACGCGUCUAGCCAGGUUGAUCAGGAGGCCGCGCAACGUCGUCUCGAAUUUUACAUUGGGUGGUUUGGGGACCCUAUCUUCCUUGGGCGGGAUUAUCCAUCGUCCAUGCGAAAGCAAUUGGGCGAUCGAUUGCCGGCAUUUACUGCGAGGGAGCUGGAGCAGCUGAAGCAACUCGCCCCGCUCAACGCCUUCUAUGGAAUGAACCACUACUCCACCAAAUUCGCGAGGGCGCUUCCCGACCCCCCUGCAGAGGACGACUGCACGGGGAAUGUGGAAGAACUCCCCACAAACUCCGAAGGAAAAGCCAUCGGCCCUGUCUCAGGGAUGUCCUGGCUACGGGUUGCUCCAGAGGGGUUCAGAAAGCUCUUGAACUGGGUCUGGAGUCGGUAUAAGUUGCCUAUCAUUGUUACUGAGAAUGGUUGUCCCUGUCCUGGGGAGAGCCAGAUGUCGUUGGAUGAGGCAGUAAACGAUACGUUCCGGGUUACCUAUUUUGGAUUGUAUCUCGAUGCCAUUUUGCGCGUGAUCUAUGAGGAUGGGGUCCAGAUUGAGGGGUACUAUGCUUGGAGUUUGAUGGAUAAUUUUGAAUGGUCUGCCGGCUAUGGUCCUCGCUAUGGCAUCACGCACGUGGAUUAUAAGACCUUGGUGCGAACUCCCAAGCGCUCUGCAUUGUAUCUGAGGGAGACAUUCUGGGAACGUAGAAAACAUUCGCUGUAG